AUGCGCAUGGGCAAAGGAAAAGGCUCCUUCGACCACUGGGCCGCCCGCGUGGCCGCCAACCAGGUCAUCUUCGAGAUCCGCGGCGUCCUCCACGAGCAGGUCAUCCGAGACGCCUUCAGGCUGGCAGGCAACAAGCUGCCCGGCCAGUACGAAAUCAUCACCAAGAACGACCCCCCCGUAGUCGGCAUCACCAAGCUCGAAAACGGUCUCACCCUCGAAGACCUCAAGAGGCCGAGGAAGAAGCUUCCUGCCCCUGUUGUCGAAGAGACAUCCACAUCUGCCACAGAGGCGAGCUCGAGUGCUCCUCCUCCUUCAUAG